GGGAAUCCGGAAGCAGCCGGCGAGCCCGCUGCUGAACGUUUGGUGUUCUGACACUGUUUUUGUCAGCUGUGUCUGGUGUGCUGGAGGUCUGCGGGGUCUCCUCGCUCUGUCUCCAGGGGGAACCCCGCCGCUGUCACGACCUGGGCCGCGGCCUGGUGCCCUGUGGCGGGGCCGCCAUUGGCUGGAGCCAUGCCCACGGCCGCUGCCCCCAUCAUCAGCUCGGUCCAGAAGCUGGUGCUGUAUGAGACCAGAGCUAGAUACUUUCUAGUUGGGAGCAAUCAUGCAGAAACGAAGUACCGUGUCCUGAAAAUUGAUAGAACAGAACCGAAGGACUUGGUGGUAAUCGACGACAGGCACGUGUACACACAACAAGAAGUGAGGGAACUUCUUGGCCGCCUGGAUCUGGGAAACAGAACAAAGAUGAGCCAGAAAGGAUCCUCCGGGUUGUUUCGAGCCGUCUCAGCUUUUGGAGUCGUAGGUUUUGUCAGGUUCUUAGAAGGCUACUAUAUUGUAUUAAUAACUAAGCGGAGGAAGAUGGCAGACAUUGGAGGUCAUGCAAUUUAUAAGAUUGAAGAUACAAGUAUGAUUUAUAUCCCCAAUGACUCUGUUCGGAUUUCUCACCCCGACGAAGCUAGGUAUCUAAGGAUAUUUCAAAAUGUGGAUCUAUCUAGCAAUUUUUACUUUAGUUACAGCUAUGAUUUGUCACACUCACUUCAGUAUAAUCUUACCGUCCUGCGAAUGCCCCUGGAGAUGUUAAAGUCAGAAACAUCCAAGGCGUGCCAGGAGAGCUUCGACAUCUUUGAAGAUGAAGGAUUAAUUACACAGGGUGGCAGUGGUGUAUUUGGGAUCUCUAGUGAGCCUUAUAUGAAGUAUGUAUGGAACGGUGAACUUCUGGAUAUAAUUAAAAACACUGUGCAUCGUGACUGGCUAUUGUAUAUCAUUCAUGGGUUCUGCGGGCAGUCCAAGCUUUUGAUCUAUGGACGACCAGUGUAUGUGACCCUAAUAGCCAGGAGAUCCAGUAGGUUUGCUGGGACGCGCUUUCUCAAGAGAGGCGCAAACUGUGAGGGUGACGUUGCAAAUGAGGUGGAGACCGAGCAGAUCCUCUGUGAUGCUUCUGUGAUGUCUUUUACCGCAGGCAGUUACUCUUCUUACGUACAAGUUAGAGGAUCCGUUCCCUUAUUCUGGUCCCAAGACAUCUCAACUAUGAUGCCGAAACCACCCAUUACACUGGACCAGGCGGAUCCCUUUGCACACGUGGCUGCUCUUCACUUUGACCAGAUGCUCCAGAGGUUCGGCUCCCCCAUCAUCAUCUUGAACUUAGUGAAGGAGAGGGAGAAGAGAAAGCACGAAAGGAUCCUGAGUGAAGAGCUGGUGGCUGCGGUCACUUACCUGAACCAGUUCCUGCCACCGGAGCACACCAUUGUCUACAUCCCCUGGGACAUGGCCAAGUACACCAAGAGUAAGCUGUGCAACGUUCUCGAUCGGCUGAAUGUGAUUGCGGAAAGCGUGGUAAAGAAGACAGGAUUCUUUGUAAACCGCCCUGAUUCUUACUGCAGCAUUUUACGGCCAGAUGAAAAGUGGAAUGAACUAGGAGGUCAUGUGAUUCCCACUGGUCGGCUCCAGACUGGCAUCCUUCGAACCAACUGUGUGGACUGUUUGGAUCGCACCAACACUGCGCAGUUCAUGGUGGGCAAGUGUGCCCUGGCUUACCAGCUGUAUUCCUUAGGGCUGAUUGACAAGCCUAACCUGCAGUUCGACACGGAUGCAGUGAGGUUGUUUGAGGAACUCUAUGAAGACCAUGGAGACACCCUUUCCCUGCAGUACGGAGGCUCUCAGCUGGUUCAUCGGGUAAAGACCUACAGAAAGAUAGCACCGUGGACCCAGCACUCCAAGGACAUCAUGCAGACUCUGUCCCGGUACUACAGCAACGCCUUCUCGGAUGCUGAUAGACAAGAUUCCAUCAACCUGUUUUUGGGUGUUUUCCACCCCACAGAAGGGAAACCUCAUCUCUGGGAACUCCCCACAGACUUUUACCUCCAUCACAAAAACACCAUGAGCCUUUUACCCCCCAGAAGGAGUUAUACUUACUGGUGGACGCCAGAGGUGGUGAAGCAUCUGCCGCUGCCUUACGAUGAAGUUAUCUGUGCUGCAAACUUAAAGAAGUUGAUGGUGAAGAAAUUUCACAGAUGGGAAGAAGAGAUUGAUAUUCACAAUGAGUUCUUCCGGCCGUAUGAAUUGAGUAGUUUUGAUGACACCUUUUGCUUGGCCAUGACAAGUUCAGCACGUGAUUUUAUGCCUAAAACUGUUGGCAUUGAUCCAAGUCCAUUUACCGUGCGAAAACCAGAUGAAACUGGAAAAUCUGUACUGGGGAACAAAAACACUAGAGAGGAAGCUGUCCUGCAGCGGAAGACGGCAGCCAGCGCCCCGCCACCCCCGAGCGAGGAGGCUGUGUCCAGCAGCUCUGAGGAUGACUCUGGCACCGACCGGGAAGAUGAAGGCUCCAUCUCUCAGCGAUCCACUCCUGUGAAGAUGACUGACACGGGAGACAGUGCCAAAGCGACUGAGAAUGUGGUCCAGCCCAUGAAGGAAGUGUAUGGAGUCAGUCUCUCCAGUAGCCUGUCAGAGGAGGAUCACUCCAUUUAUGCCAGGUUUGUUCAGCUGGGGCAAAGUCAACAUAAACAGGACCGAGGUAACCAGCAGCUGUGUUCCCGUUGCUCAGAUGGAGUUAUAAAACUAACUCCCAUCUCAGCUUUCUCGCAAGACAACAUUUAUGAAGUUCAGCCUCCAAGAGUAGACAGAAAGUCUACAGAGAUCUUCCAGGCCCAUAUCCAAGCUAGCCAAGGUAUCAUGCAGCCCCUUGGCAAAGAGGACACUGCCAUGUACCGGGAGUACAUCAGAAACCGCUACUUAUAGAGACGGCCUCGAGGACAGUGUCCUCUGUGAGAAGGCGUGCCCCAGAUCCUGAGAUGCAGCUCAUUGGUAAAGGACUCCCCAGCACCUGUAUCACAGCCUUCGGUGAUUCCAGCUACCAGGAAUCCAGUGUUGUCUUCCAGAUUUUGUAGGCACCUAUACUCAAGUAGGUGCCUGUGUGUGCACACACAUGCACAGGAGUGCAUACACACACAUGUAUGCACACACACAGUAAAAAUAAUAAAAGUAAAAUCUUUAAAAAUCAAUUCAUCCAAAUCAUGUAUCUGAAACUUUUCACCUCUUUGUACCAUGCAAAUGACUAAUUGCAGGUAAUAAAGAAAUGCUGCCUCUUU